AUGGUUUCCUCCCGCAAAGAAAGGCGAAACUCGAAUGAUCUUGAAGCAGAAGAUGCACAAGAAGCCAAAGUCACCCAAAGCAAGGCGUGGAUGUCCACACCUUACAUCCGAAGUGGCACGAAGGCACCACGGGUGGACCGGCUGAAGUGGAAGCGCUCCGUCCAGUACCUUUGCUCCCUGACCGAGAAGGAUGCCAUCGAGGUCCUGAAGAACGACGGUCUGAUGCCGACUUGGGAGGGUGCCAUCUGCCCUUUCUGUUCCAAAGGCAAGGUCGGCCCAUUGCAGGACAGGUCUUCUAGUGGAAUGCCCCGGUAUCGGUGCCGACGGUGGGGGUGCCAGAAGUUCAUUACUCCACAGCAUCUUCAUCCGCUCUUUACUGCCACCCGUGGUCCCGAAGGGCAUUCGCUAGGCACGCAAGCCGCAGUACUACUUCUACGUCUGGCGCACGUCCCCCUGAGCUCCAUACACCUCGUCACCGAUGUGAACCACAAGGCGAUCGAACGUAUGGAUCACAAUCUAUGCCUUCUUCGGAAGGGCUAUGUGGAAAGUGUCCAGAAGGGCAUGGCAUUCGGCGGUAAGAAGAACGCGUGGCAGGAUGUAGAAGUGGACGAGUCUGUCUUCGACAAAAAGCUGAUCCCCUUGGAGGAAGCGGAGUCGCCUUCGAAGACGAUGAUGUGGGAAGAGACAAGCAGGGUCCUGCUUCACACCGACAGUGCUCGUGCGUACAACUCCAAGACGCGGGGCGUCUUGCAUGCUUCCGUGGUCCACAAGAAGCGCCGGGUUCGGGUCGGUGGAAGGUGGGUGUGGGAGCAGCCUACCUACGUCAAGCUGAAGAAGGUGCUCUUGCCCAACAACAAGCGUCUGACUGUAAAGGUCGGGACGCAAGUUGUCGAUCGAGCAUGGAAAUUCACUAAGAGCCGACUCACCUUGACUCAGAACAGUAAGGUGGGGUCGACUGCAAUUGUUUCCAAAGUCCGCUCAGCCCAGUUCGAGUAUUGGAACAGAGGCCGAGACAUGUGGGAGCGCACAGGAGAUCUUCUCAGCUGGCACAUGUCCAAGAUCAUGACCAAGUGA